UUGUAAAACCCAAAACAACAACAUGUGAAAAUUUGAGCUCCAGUAAGAAAAAUGAGAAACCCAAUAUAAAUAUCGUUUUUGAAAGCGGACUCAAUGAUUAUUUGUGUGAUUUAAUGCAAAAUCAUCACAUUAAAACGGGAGUUAAUGAAGACAACGUUCAUAUUCUCAAGUCUAGCUUGUCGUUUUUCAAAUCAAAAUACUCUGAAUUAAUGGAAAAAUACUGUAACAUUAUUGACCAAAUACCAGCUGAUUAUUUUAAUGCUAUAGGAGGCUUUGAAGCGGGAACAUUUCUAAAAUUAAAAAUAAUACGGCAAAAAUUCAAAGCUAAAACAAAACUUCUAAACACUGCAUUAGAAAAAGUUGAACAACAGCAACAAAAUAUCCAUACUGAUGAUAUAGUAACAGAUGAUGAAGAAGAUCAAAAGCAGCCAUCAUUAAAAAAAGAACCGAGCCAAAAUAUAAUUGAAGUGAGACCAAAUAAACCCACAAUACAAUUAGAACCCGAACCCGAUUAUGAUAUCGAUGACAUGGAAGAAGAAGAAAGACAAAUGAAAGCCGAACAAAAAGAAAUGAACAAGUGGCAAAAUCCAACAAUUGUACCAACAAACUACUGUAAUGGAGCGCCAGAAGAUGAAGAUGACUUAAUAGAAGUAAAGCCCUCGAGUAGUAGUAGUAGUAAAGAAAAAAUCUCAACAAUUAAUGUAGAUAGGAUGUCAGAAUUGACGCGUUUUAGGGAAGAGCUAGUACAUGAUCUAUGUGAAGAUGAGGAACCUUCGGAAGAUGCCGAACAAACUUAUUUAAAGGAAACAAUAUGUUUGGAUAAUUAUGAUGAUGAUAACGCUUAUAACUACAACUCUAAUUCAAAUGGCAUUAGCGGUAAUGUUGGUGCUGUUGAGGAUGAUGACUGCGAAUUGGACGAUUUAUUAAACGACAUUAAAGAACAAGAUAAUGAGUUAAAUGGUCGUAAAUCCAUGUUCAAUGGUUAUGCCUAUAAGGAUUUUGAUGAAGAAAAGCUACCAGUUAAAGAACAGCCAUCAGCACAGCGUAUCAAAUUUCCAGUCGAAACAAAUCAAACAAAGAAAACACCACAACUUGAUGAAGAUGGAUUUCCAAUUUAUGAUCCCGAACAAUUUGAAUUGGCAUUUUCACAAGCAGCAGCCAAAAAAUCAUCAAGUUAUAAUUACAAUUCCAAUACCACCCCUACGAGCACUAUAACUAUUGAUGAUGAUGACGAUAAUAGACCCAGUACUAGUAGUCACCGUUCAUCUUUAGCGAAUGAUUUGCUAAGAACACCCACAUCAAAAACCGAUAAACGGCCAAAUUUAACAAAAUCUGCUCAAAAAAUAGCUGGUAACUUUCAUUCGAAUGUUCACAAUGAUGGCAUAACCGGUGAAUUUGAUGGCCUCAAUUAUCCGCAUUCUGAAAGUAUGAUGCAAGCUUUACGUUUUAAUUUUGGCCUCAAAAGUUUUCGUCCCAAUCAACUGCAGGUGAUAAAUGCUGCUCUCUUGGGGCAUGACUGUUUUGUGCUGAUGCCAACUGGUGGUGGCAAAUCGUUGUGCUAUCAAUUGCCCUCCAUAUUGACAGAAGGUGUUACUAUUGUUAUAAGUCCUCUAAAAUCACUUAUUUGCGAUCAAGUGAAUAAAUUGGCUUCGCUGGAUAUCUAUGCCAAAAACUUUUCAGGUGAUCAAUCUUUGCAAGAACAACGUGCCAUAUAUUGUGAUUUAGAGACUACACCGCCUCGCAUUAAAAUUUUAUAUGUUACUCCUGAAAAGAUAUCCAAUUCGACUAAAUUUCAAGAUCUCCUAGACACUCUAUAUAACAAUAACUCGAUUAGUCGUUUUGUAAUUGACGAGGCCCAUUGUGUAUCACAAUGGGGUCACGAUUUUCGUCCCGACUAUAAACGUUUGGGUAUAUUGAGAAAACGUUUUCCCAAGGUCAACACAAUGGCUCUGACAGCCACUGCGACACCUCGUGUAAGAUUGGACAUAUUAAAACAGUUGAACUUAACCAAACCAAAAUGGUUUCUAUCUAGUUUUAAUCGUAGCAAUCUCAAAUACACAGUAUUGCCGAAAAAAGGCGCCGCAACUAUGGAUGAUAUCCGAACGUUUUUACGUUCGCGGCCCUCAACAGACAGUGGUAUUAUAUAUUGUCUGUCACGUAAGGAAUGUGAUGAUGUGGCGAAAAAUAUGUGUUCUGUGGGUGUACGGGCAUGUGCUUAUCAUGCCGGUUUGAGUGAUAGUGUACGAGAAUCCCGGCAAAAAGAUUGGAUCACAAACAAGGUGCGAGUCAUAUGUGCUACAAUAGCAUUUGGUAUGGGUAUAGAUAAGCCCGAUGUACGUUUUGUUUUGCAUUACUCCAUGCCCAAGUCAAUAGAGGGUUAUUAUCAAGAGGCUGGUCGCGCUGGUCGUGAUGGUGAAUUAGCCCAUUGUGUUUUGUACUAUAACUAUAGUGAUAUGGUACGCUAUCGCAAAAUGAUGGACAUGGACAAAUCUGUAUCAUAUGAUGUUAAAAGGAUCCAUUUAGAAAAUUUAAAUCGCAUUGUGGGAUAUUGUGAAAAUGUUACUGAUUGUCGUCGAGCACUGCAGUUGGAUUACUUCGGCGAACAUUUUACCAGAGAUGAAUGCUUGAAAAUUAAAGAAACUGCAUGUGAUAACUGCUUGAAACAGAAACGUUAUCAGAAAAUCGAUGCUUUAGAACAAUGUCGCAAAGUUGUUCGCUGUAUCAAGGAUAUAUGUAGUGGACGGUCUCGAUUCACUCUACUGCACAUUGCUGAUGUACUUAAAGGCUCAAAUAUAAAAAAAAUCAUCGAUAAUGGUCACAAUAAAACACCCUAUCAUGGUAUGCUUAAAGAUUGGGAUAAGGCUGAUAUUCAAAGACUGUUACGCAUAAUGGUAACACAAGAAUAUUUACGUGAAGAUCUUAUAUUUGCCAAUGAUAUACCACAGGCGUAUAUAUAUUUAGGAGCUAAAGUUGAAAUAAUCAUGAAAGAGAAAAUCAGUAUGGAAUUCGCCUUGACGCGCAAAGAAGGAAAAGCACAAGCGCUUAGUCUUAAUGAGACGGCUGAGAGUGGAACCAAAGCAUCCUCGAAAAGCAGCCAACAACUUAAAGAGAUCUAUGAACGCUGUUACUCCGAUCUUCUGGAUCUUUGUCGUACAAUUGCUGCUGCUCGUAAUGUUACCAUGGCCAGUAUUAUGAAUAUACAGGCCAUAAAGGCCAUGGCAGAACAACUGCCAGAAACUGAAACGGACAUGUGUUCAAUACCUCAUGUUACAAAAGCGAAUUUUGAUAAAUAUGGUGAAAAAUUAUUAGAGAUUACUAGAAAUUAUGCGGCUGAAAAAUUAUGUCUACUGAUGGAUCUGGAGGAAAUCGAAGAAGCAGAGAAAGAGAAAACAUCUGCGGCAACAUCAUCGACGCUGAAACGCUUACGUGCGGAUAGUAGCGACGAUAAUGACGACAAUGAUGGUGAAGAUUGGGGUAGAACAGCUGCUUCACAAGGCAGUGGCAACGCCAGCGGCAGCGGUAGUUAUCGUGGUGGUAAACGGAAACGCAAUUAUCGUGGUGGAGGCGCUAAGAAAUAUCGUAAAUCAAGUGGUACGGCUGCUUCAUCGUCCUGGGGAGGGGCUACUGCUGGCUUUACGUCUUCGCCCAGACGUAAGUACACAAGUAAAAAAAGUUUCGGUUCGCCGGGACGUAAGAAAACAGCUCGUGGUGGCCGGGGAGGAUCAGCGGCUGGGGCACGUAGUAGUGGCGGGGGUGGCACAUGGAUAGCCAAGAGAACUGGUGCAAGUGGUGGUUUCCAAUUGAUGCCAUUACCCAGUUCAAAAUAGCAUUUUUUUAAUUUUUUUUUUUCAACUUUAAAACAGUUUAUUAAUAUUGUUUGUUACUAUACCGAUAUUUCUUUAGUUUGUAACUGUUAUAAUUUUCAUUAAGUAGAUUUCUUAAGAGCAUUAAUAAGUAUUUAUAAACAAAUAGUCUUAAUUUAAUAAAUAAACUAUGUUUUAAACUUUUUUAAAAUCAAAA